AUGUUGGAUAUCCCGGGCAGCAACCCCCCAAAUCCCUUCUCCACGCCAAUCCGAGCCCUUCUAACCCUUAGCAAACAUUCUUCGACGCCAGCGCCAGAUGAGACAGCCACCAACCUCGUCAAUUCUAUGACUACCUCUUCAGACCCUGUCCAUGCGCCCUGGGAGCUCUGGGACGCCCUUUUUACGGCCGUUGCCACCUCAUUAACAUCACACGAGCCUCCCCUAGCCCUCCUCGCCAUCCACGCGCAUGUACCAACGCAUCUUACGCGCACUGGUGCGACGUGCACGAUAUACUCGAGGCCUGGCGCGACUGGAACGGUGUGCGUGACUCGUGCGAAAGACAGCUCUACUAUUAGCACGGUAGGUAGCAGCGGCGGCGAGUACUUUCUCCGCUUCUGCGUCUUCUCGGCUGCACUGCUGAAAGCGACCAAAGGUAAAGACAAGGUGCAUCCUAUAUGGAUCUUCUAUGCGUGCCGCGACGUGCUGGAGCGUGAGAGACCCCAAUACUGCCCACCAAAAGCGCAUAGGAUGUCAUCAGAGCAGGUAUGGGCGCUGGAUGUCCGAGCAGCGACCUGGAUGCGGGAUGGGGGCUGGGCACUGUCUGAGGCUGACUAUGAGGAGCUGCGGCGGCACUGGGCGGCGGCGUUAGAUGAUAAGACGGAAUUAUGGCCGAGAGGAGACGGGCUGACACGGGAGCGGUGGCUAUUGUGGGGGGAGAGGCUACGGGGUUUAAGUAUAGAGGGAACCUUGGACAAGGAAACUGUGGCGGUGAUUGUCGAAGCUGCUGAAGUGGUUAGCGGCAUUCUAGAAGACUCGAACCUAGGGUAUUGA